AUGGCCGAAGACGAGAAAAAGGACGAUCAGCAACAACGUGUUAGUCGACACAAGCUCUCUGUGACUCAAAAGACGCAACAACAAUUGGAAAAGAUGUUUAGCCGGAUCGACAAGCCAGUGCACAUUCCAGAGCCACCCAAAGAAAAGAGCGUCAAAGCACCCAAAGAUUUUGUUCGCAAUGUUCCAGGUUCCAGUGCUGGUGCAGGUAGUGGCGACUUUCACGUGUAUCGUGCACAUCGAAGGCGGGAGUAUGCUCGAUUAAAAGAGAUGGAUGAAAAGGAGCGUAAAGAAUAUGAACAACGGUUAUAUGAAGAGGAGCGAGCAGCCAUGAAAGCACAAGAUGAGGAAAGGACAGCCAAGAAAAGAGCAAGGCGUCAGAAACGGAAGCAGAACGCACAACAACAACAACAGCAGAAAAAGCAAAAGACUGAGGACAAUGAUGAUACCAAAUAA